CACUGCAUUUUUUUGUUCCUGCAUGUGUCAUCUGCUGCUUUCCUGCUAAAUGUCAGGAGCGAAACUGUGAUUUUUCUCCUAUCUAAACCCCGUAUUUCCUCAUUGUGGGAAAUAUCACGACUGGUUGUGAAAAUGGGAAAGAAGAGGGGCAAGAACCCCAGAGAUGAAGAUGACUUUGACCUGAUAGUUCCAUCUUGCAGACAUAUCAAGAAGGGAACAGACCAAACUCUUAUAAAGAAACUUGCUAGUAUUUUGGAUUGGACGAGUUGUCAAGAUUGUAAACCUGUGGAGAAUAAAGAAAAUAUCAGCACAACUCCACCACCGGACGCUGAAGAGGAAAAAGAAACAAUGGGACUAUGGAUGUGCUUGAAAUGUGGCCACAGAGGUUGUGGGAGAUAUUCUGAAAACCAGCAUGCCGUCAAACAUUAUGAAACUCCUCGGUCAGAGCCGCAUUGCCUGGUGGUCAGUUUGGACAACUGGAGUGUUUGGUGUUACUUGUGUGAUGAUGAAGUUGAGUACUCCAAAACAGGGCAUUUGGCACAGCUGGUGACCAACAUCCAGAAGCAAACUACCACGGAAGCCAUAAACAGACCACAGAAGAGAGUGAAAGAAGAAGUGGAUGAGUUGGAAGCUGAGGAGGUCGCACAGACUGUGAAUGUAGAGGAAAGUGAGAACAAAGAAAACAUCAGCAGAAAUAAUCAAAAGAAUACGAAGAAAGAGAAAGCUGGGAAAUCACAAAGCAACAGCACAACUGUGGGGAAUGGUUCUGUUCCUGUAAAAGGACUGAGCAACCUUGGAAACACGUGUUUCUUCAAUGCAGUCAUUCAGAAUCUUUCACAAACGCAGCUGUUAAGAGAGACUAUCAACAAAGUGAUUGAAGAGAAAACAAGUGUUGACAUUAAACCUGUUGCUGCUGUCAAUCUGGAGCCUUUAGUUGUGCAGUUAGAACAGCCCGGAUCCCUGACUUUGGCCAUGUGUCAGCUGCUCAACGAGAUCCAGGAAUCCCAGAAGGGUGUGGUAACGCCACGAGAGUUGUUCACACAAGUUUGUAAAAAGGCUCCCAGGUUCAAAGGAUUUCAGCAGCAGGAUAGCCAGGAGCUGCUGCGCUACCUGCUGGAUGGGAUGCGAGCUGAGGAGCAUAAAAGAGUAAGUACGGGCAUAAUGGACGUUUUGAAACAAUCCAGUAAAUGCACAGAUGGAGAAGAGCUGAAAAAGAUCGUCAAAGAGUAUGAGAAAAAUGGCUUUCCAAAGAACUUUGUUGACCAAGUUUUUGGUGGAGAAUUUACCAGCACAAUAAUGUGUCAGCAGUGCAAAACGGUGUCGGUAGUGAUGGAGAUGUUUUUGGAUCUUUCCCUUCCUGUUUCUGAUGAGGCAUACAGAAAGAAGGGCCAAAAAAAAGCAGUUCAGAAGACCAGUGAGUCGAGCCAGGAUGGCAGAAACAGUCCUGCUUCGACCAGCACCAACGAUAACGUUCCCACCGGGACAGGCAGCAAGUACCAACAGAAAAAGGCAAAAAAACAGGCAAAGAAGCAAGCAAAGCAUCAAAGAAGGCAGCAGAAGUUUGAUGGCAGAGUCACUUUGGACAGUCUGACGAGCAACGCAGACAGUGAAAACUCAGACGUUACUGCAGAUGUAAAUGACAGUGAAGCGGCCAACGACGAUGCACAGGAGGAAACCCCACAGGGUGAACAAAAUCCUGCGGCGAGCAGUGAGUCGGAACAGAAUCAGAGCACGGAGCUGGAAAAAGAAGAGGGGGACGAUUCAGUGACUGACGGAGACUCCGCGGCCACAUCAUCGGUCAGCAACCGUUUUACGGCCUUGUCAGACGAGCAGGAGUCGCAGGACAGCACCUUAUGUGAUGAAAUGUCCAACGUAGAUCUGGAAGGAGAGGAGGUUACGGAGCUGAUGGAUAAAAUGGAGCAAGUGAACCUGGAAGAUGCUUUCAUCGAAGACUCUAAUGCUGAGGAACAAAGUGUGGAGAGUGAAGAUGAAGAGCCAGAGGCUAAAGAAUACACAGUAAUAAACCAAGACCCGGAGCUGGCCUUCCACACGCUGGCUACCAGGACAACCCCGGAGAAACAGGAGUGCUCGGUGCAAUCAUGUCUCUUUCAGUUCACGGAGGUAGAAACCCUCACACAGAGCAACAGCUUGCUUUGUGUUACCUGCACGAAACGGCAGAAGAGAGCAGACAAAGCUGGAGAAUCCAAGAAGAAUGUCUACACUGAUGCUUUGAACCAAAUGCUGAUCUCCUCUCCCCCAGCUGUCCUCACCCUGCAUUUGAAAAGAUUUCAACAAAAUGGAUACAGUAUUUGUAAAGUGAACAGACACGUCCAGUUUCCCAUGAUUUUGGAUAUUGCUCCUUAUUGUACCACUAAAUGCAAGAAUGUAUCAGAGGGGGAUACUCAGAUUUUGUACAGUUUGUACGGUAUGGUAGAGCACAGUGGAACCAUGAGGUCGGGUCAUUACACAGCCUAUGUAAAAGUUCGUCCUAAUUGUCCUAAACCUUCAUCCAAUGGACUUGCAACAGAAGGGGAUGCAGAGCCUCCUGUAGGAUCCUGGUUCCAUAUCAGCGAUACAAGUGUUCACCCCGUGAGCGAGAGUAAAGUCCAGAGCUGCCAAGCCUACCUCCUCUUCUAUGAAAGAAUCAUCUAACUUAACUGUGCCUAUAUACUCAGGAAAUUACAAAUCAUCCAAGACAACCUGCUGCUUCAGCUCCAGUGCACAUGGAAUUUCAAUCAAGAGCUAUGAUGAAAUUGUAUAAAUUUUGCAGAAGGGACAUUUGAAAGUGUUGAUUUUUCUUUUCUUUUUUUUUUUUUUGGCCAUAGUGACAAUGUUUCAGGUGUGAUGAGAAAAUGAUAGUGUAUGUGCAGCUGGACUCCAGAUGGUCUUUGAACCAACUGUGAUAUACAGUAGGAGGUAAUAGAAUUGUUUGGGAUCAAACAUGUAUAAAAUAUAUCCAUUUAUAAGUAUAUGCCUUUUUUAUUUUAAUUUCAUUAAAAACUCGAGAAACUGGAAGAUUUGUCCUAAUGCAUGCUUUCUGGCGCACUGGGCAUGCGCAGUGAACGCGGUUCCUGGUCCUGAUGUCACAUGACAGAGAGGAAAGUAGCGCUUCGGACGUCCAGAAAAACUAACACAAUUUACAAAUGUCAGUGUCACUUAGCUAACAUGGCAGGUCAGUGAUCAUUUGCUCUUUUUAAAUAAACCUUUUUAACAAUGAAGUAACUGUUUCUGGAAGAUUUUUGUGCCGGCGGGACAGACGGACAGGCGUGUUUCCUCAUUAUUCCCAGCUAAUGAUCUCGCCUCGCGUAGAUCUGAUUGAUUUUAAACAUGUGUAACUAUUUAACGCCUCAGUGUCAACGUUGCUCAUCCCAC